CAAAUCUUUACCAGUUUUACAGAAGCCAACAUGGCAGAUAAAGAUGAAAAGGAAACACGAGUUAAAAACUUAUUUAGCGAUUUAAUUCGCUUUGAACAGAGCGAACAGUAUAACAAGGCUUUAAAAGUUUGCAAUAAAAUCUUGAAUGAAGAACCACACAACAAGAAGGCUUUCCACUGCCGUAUUGUUUGCCUUAUUCAAGAAAGUAAAUUUGAGGAAGCAUUAGAAAGAAUUGGUAAAAAUGAUAAGUUAACAUCUGAGAUUGGUGGACUGGUUUUCGAGAGAGCAUACUGCUACUAUCGGUUGAAUAAGCCAAAUGAAGCUAUGAAUCUCCUCUUAUCAACCGAGGAUCCAUCGGAUAGAGAGCGAGAAUUAUUGGCUCAAAUCCAAUAUAAAUUGGAAAUGUUCAACGAUAGUUAUAAAAUUUACAAGGACCUCGUCAAGAAUAGUCAAGAUGAAUUUGAAGCUGAAAGACUUACAAAUCUUACUGCUGCAAUUGCAGCAUGUCAAUUUUCCGGUCAAGACCAUCCGAUAUCCGAUUUUGACGGUGGUACCUACGAAACAGUUUUUAAUCAAGCUUGCCAUUUAGCAGCAUGCGAAAAAUAUGAAGAUGCUAUUGAAAAACUGAAAGAAGCAGAAGAGUUGUGUCAACAAGCAUUUGAGGAUGAUCCUGACGAAAUCGAGAACGAGGUGGCUGCAAUAAGAGUUCAACAUGCUUAUGCUCUGCAAAAAUUAGGAAAAGUAGAUGAAGCUCUACAAACUUAUAAUCAGAUAAUUAAGCAAAAACCUGAUGAUAUGCAAGUUAUGGCUGUUGCUGCCAACAAUAUAAUAUGUAUAAAUAAGGAUCAGAACGUUUUUGAUUCAAAGAAGAAGUUAAAAAUUGUUACUUCGGAUGCACCUCAACAAAAGCUUACGACUGCUCAAAAAAAGCAUGUUAAUACUAAUCAAUGUCUGUUAAUGCUUCAUACAAAUCAAUUAGAGAAUUGUAAGAAACAAGCCAUUGCACUGAGUGAAAGUCGUAGUGACAGUGAUGUGCCUCUUCUCAUUCAUGCAUCGGCACUCUUAAAGGAGAAACAGCCAAACAAGGCUGUUGAACUAUUGAAGACCAAAGCGGAAAAAGAUGGAAGUAGGAAAAUCAAAAUGGCACUAGCUCAAGUGUUGUUGCUAACUAAAGAUAUCAAUAGUGCCUGUAAAGUUCUUGGUGACAUGGAUAUCGCCCAAAAGCCUGGAAUUAUAUCGGCACUUGUUUCUUUAUACGUAGCUAUUAAAGAUGUCAAUUCUGCUUCAUCUGUCUUGGAUAAGGCCAUUGAGCAUUAUAAAAAAAUUGAUCCCAACGGCGCCUUUUUGAAUGAGUUAAUAACAACAUCGGCUAAUUUUAAUAUGCAACACGACUCCCCUCAGAAAGCGGCAUCUCAAUUAGAAUUUGUUAGAAAACAAAACCCACGUAAUCAACAAAUAUUGGCUCAACUCAUUGUUGCAUAUGCCAAAUACGAUCAUGAAAAAGCGAAAAAAUUAACUCUGGAACUACCUAUUGACGAUGGAAAAGGCAACGAUAUAGAUGUCAAAGAGCUGGAAGCUGCUGUUGGAACUUUUGGUAAUAAAUAUAUCAAGAGGGUAACUAGUAAAACAGAUCAAUCGCCGAGAAUCGGCUCUGCCUCGAAAUCUGGAGAUGCAUUAAUCGAAAAGAAGAAAAAGAAAAAACGAAAAACCAAACUUCCAAAGGGAGUUGAUAAUCCUGGUAAUCCUGAUCCUGAAAGAUGGUUACCAAUGAGGGAAAGAAGUUACUUUAGGGGUAGACGACGAAACAAGAAGAAGGAAAUUGGUAAAGGCUCUCAAGGUGUUUCAGCUGCUCAAGUUACAGCUGCUGGAGUCCAAUUGGAUGCCUCUAAAACUGCUUCAGAUGCAAAAUCCUCACCUGUUAGUCAGCCACCUCCCCAAGCAAAGCCUACAUCGUAUAAAGCUGGUACGGGAAGACAACAGAAGAAAAAGAAAAAAGGACGAUAGACUUUUCAUAUUAUAUUUUUAUUGUGUAGGACAAAUGUUUAAUUUUGAUUCAUCAUUAAACUAUUUUUUCGUUGUAAUGAAAUAAUUAAAAACUCUCUUCUAAGCUUUUCGCCUAACACAUAACGGUUGUUGCAGUCUAUGCGACAAUGAAAAGUCAUUCGUAUUUCUAUCAUUUCUAUUAAAUGCUCGGCUACUGAAGUUAAAAUCAAUACGAUUGCAGUUCUAAAAGUAAAAAUUUACUUUAUUUGAGUAUAGUUACAAAGAACAAAUGAAAAAUAUUAAUAUGGUUUCCCAUAUGGAAUACUUUCUGUGAUUCUUAUAUAAUUUUCGUAAUUGACUUACAUUAGACUACAAGAAAUCUAAAAUGGAGAAACUGUAACAAGCUAAAAGAAUAAUCCUUUCCAUCUCUCUUAAGUUUCUCUGCUUUGGUUCUUUAAAUAAUAGAAUUGAUUAUACUCUAAACUAAUAAUUAGCUUAGCUAAGAUAGCUACUUCCAUAUAGUAGUUAUUAGUAGUAAAUACCAUUUAUAAUAUAUAUGUACAUUUUCUAAGAUAUUUCAUAGAAGAUAAACAAUAGUGUAAACAGUUAUAAAACAUCAGUCAAUUAGA